CAGGGAGGAGAAGGGGGAGGAGUCUGUUGGUUCAGGCGGUGGUAUUGGUGGUGGUGGGGGGGCAGCGAUAAACACAACAUGGCGGAAGGAGCCGCUGCUGCGGCGCAAGCCAAGGAUAGGCGGAAGGAACAGCUAAGGCAGUGGGCUCGUUCCUGUACCAACCAGGAGCCCGCCGAACCGCGCUGGCAACGGCGAAGAAGAAGGCGACGGCGAGUUGGGGACGGUGAGGAGGAAGAAGAUGAGGGGGACCGGGCUUCCCAGGGAGAAGGGGAUGGGCGCGCUGUACGAUUUGAAAGGGCGGCCGAGUUCCUGGCAUCCUGCGCAGCUGGGGAUCUGCUGGAAGCGGAGGAGAUGCUGACAGGAGACAGUGGCAAGGAGGUGAUUGACAGCACCAAUACGGACGGGAUCAGCGCCCUGCACCAGGCAUGUAUUGAUGAAAACCUGGAGGUGGUAGAAUUUCUUGUAAAUCACAGAGCCAAUGUGAACCAAGCAGAUAAUGAGGGGUGGACUCCUUUACACGUGGCGGCCUCCUGUGGCUACAUGGAGAUUGCAGAGUAUCUCCUGAAACAUUCUGCCAAUAUUGCUGCUGUAAAUAGUGAUGGGGAUGUCCCGCUUGAUAUUGCUGAAGAUGACUGUAUGGAGACACUGCUGCGUGCUGAAAUUGCAAAAGGAGGUGUUGACAUUGACGCUGCAAAGAGGGAAGAAGAAGAAGUAAUGUUGCGGGAUGCUCGGCAGUGGUUAAACGCAGGAAAGAUUGAAGACAUCAGGCAUUCAAAGACCGGGGCAAGCGCCUUGCAUGUUGCUGCAGCUAAAGGCUAUAUAGAGGUCAUGAGGCUUCUGCUCCAGGCUAAUUAUGACCCAAAUGUACGAGAUAAAGAUGGCUGGACACCUCUCCACGCUGCAGCUCAUUGGGGAGUGGAAGAAGGCUGCCGACUUCUUGUGGAACAUUUUUGUGACAUGAACGCGCUCAAUACUGUGGGGCAAAGACCAUGUGAUGUUGCAGAUGAAGAUGUGGCUUCCCUGUUGGAAGAGCUGCAGAAAAAGCAGGAAGAUCUUCGCAAUGAAAAAGAAGCCAACUUAAAACAUGCUGUGAUAGACACAAACAUGGAACAACAUCCAUCUUACUCCAAUAAACACAGAAGGAGUUCAGUGUGUCGAAUGAGCAGCAAAGAAAAAAUAUCUGUGCAGGACCAGUCAAAAGAAAGGAAGACAUUGGGAACAAUUUCCGUUGGGGAAGAAGAGAAUGUUUCGAGCUCAGAAGAGGAGACCGAGAAUGCUUUAGAGCCUGGGAACAACCCACAAGUAAAUGAAAAUGGACUUCUGCCUGAUGCACAUAACAGCACUGUCCACUCUGCCUCUUCUGAGCAAAAGCAUGACGCUUGGGAGAUUCUUCACAAAUGGAACAGGAGACUAAAAGAAUCAGAAGCAAGAUGCAUUGUACAAGCAGAGAACAGUGCAGGGUGCAUGUUAGCCAGCUGUAGGAAAGGGAAGCCUUCAGGCCACCUGAAUAAAGAACCCCUUUUGGCCCGUGUUCAGCCAACUCCAAGCAGAAGGAUUUUCUCUCCCUCAGAGAGCCUGCAAGAUAGCAAGAAAGAAGACACUGAAGGUGGAUUACAGAUGAAACCUGAUAUGGUUCCCACCACACAGUUGCACACAAACACCUCCUCCAGCAUGAUUGCCACUUCCUCCACGUCGUCCUCCAGCACUGAUUCACAAGAUAAGCGAAGGUCAUACCAAACACCAGUCCGCGAUGAAGAAUCAGAGUCUCAGCGAAAAGCACGCUCAAGACUUAUGAGGCAGUCAAGAAGGUCUACUCAGGGUGUCACCCUAACGGACUUGAAAGAGGCAGAAAAGACAUUGGGGAAACCAGGUGAUAGUCCAUCUACUGAGCCAAAGACUAAAGCAGAAGACAGUGGGGAAAAGGGUCAGUCCAUGGAAGGUUCGGAUAUUACCAGACGACUGGGACUGCCAAGCACUGAGCAUAACAUAUCUGCUUCAACUAUAAAUACUGUGAAUUCUCCCUCAAAAAAAGAACUAGAAUCAACUAGCAAAGAGGAAUUGGAAGCUGAAAGCCAAAACCAUUUGACAGCAAGAGACAGAAGAAAAUGGCGCAAAGAUCAGCGACUGGGCUUGGGGACAAAUUCUUAUGCGGGGAUGGAGAAUGACGAGGCAGAGUCGGUACAUCACAAUGAAACAUCAGGAUAUGGGGUAACAGAAAGCUGGAGCAGUCUUUUGCCUCACAGAACUGGGAGUCACACAUUUCAAAGGCGUAAUUUUGGCUCAAAAGAAGAGUCUGAAAAGGACUAUAAGAAGUUGUAUGAAAACCUACUGGCUGACAAUGAAACACUCCGAGACCAACUUCAAGAGACAGAGCUGAAGCUUACCCAGAUACGGCUAGAGUUGGAACGAGUCACACAGAGACAGGAGCGCAGUGCAGAGAGACCGGCGUUACUGGAGCUUGAGAGAUUUGAACGAAGAGCACUAGAGAGAAAAGUGGCUGAACUAGAAGAAGAGUUAAAGGUUCUCUCCGAUUUAAAGGCAGACAAUCAAAGACUGAAAGACGAAAAUGCAGCCUUGAUCAGGGUCAUUAGCAAACUUUCCAAGUGAAAACAGCAGAGGAGAAAUGACAGUGGUCACAGACACCCUACUUGCACGACAAAGAGGACCUAAAGAUUUCUGUCCGCAAGGCCAAAUUUGUCGACCUCCUGACUUUAAAGACUUGUACGAGCAACAGAAAAUGUCUGUGUUUGCUUUGCUGCACACACUGGAGCCAGCCUUUCCGAGAGCAAAAAUCCUAAUCCAUGAACGUAAUGGAAAUGUCUCGUGCUAGUUUAUUAAAUGGUUUUAUUCA